UUGAUAUGUAACCGACAUGGAAUAUUGUGUAAGUUUAAGCUGUAUAACAUGUUGAUUUAAUACACUUAGCUUUUGUGAACUGAUCACCACUGUAGCAUUAGCUAAUGCUCCAUCAUCUCACAUAAUUACCUUUUUUUGUUUUUGUUUUUGGUGAUGACAUUUAAGAUGAACUGUCUUAGCCACAUUCAAGUAUAUAUUACAGUAUUAACUAUAAUCACCACGCUGUACAUUAGAUCCCCCAAACUUAUUCAUCUUAUAACUGGAAGUUUGUAUCCCUUGACAAACAUUUCCUGAUUUCCCCUACCCCACAGCCCUUGGUAAUCAAUAUUCUACUCUCUGUUUCUAUAAGGUCAACUUUUUUAGAUUCCACAUAUAAGUCUGAGUGUACAGUAUUUAUCUUUCUCUGUCAGGCUUAUCUCACUUAGUAUAACGACCUCAGAUCCAUCCAUGUUGUCUUUCAGGCAGGAUUUCGUUCCUUCUCAUGGCUAAAUAAUUCUCUCUCCCUGUCCCUCUCCCCAUCCCCCAAACUCCAAAAUUUUUUUUUUAAUUAAAAAAAUAAAACAUAGGGGAAAAGUUCCUUGACAUUGGUCUUGACAAUGGUUUUUUGGUUAUGUCUCCAAAAGCACAAGCAACAAGAGCAAAAAUUAAUAAGCAGACUACAUCAAACUAAACAGUUUCAACACAGCAAAAAAAAAGUUAAUAAAAUGAGAAGGCAACCUAUGGAAUGGGAGAAAAUAUUUGCAAACCAUCUACUUCAUUGGGGGUUAAUAUAAAAUAUAUAGAGAGAAUUUGUGCAACUCAAUAGCAAACAAACAAAUAAUCCAAUUAAAACAUGGGCAGAGGAACUGAAUUGACAUUUUUUCAGAAUCAUCCAAGUAACUAACAGGUACAUGAAAAGAUGCUCAAAGUCAAUAAUCAUCAGGGAAAUUAAAAUCAAAACCACAAUGAGAUAUCACCUCAUACCCAUUAGAAUGGUUAUCACCAAAAAGACAAGAGAUAGGGACACCUGGCUGGCUCAGUCAGGGGAGCAUGGGACUCUUGAUCUCAGGGUCAUGAGUUUGAGCCCCAGAUUGAGUGUAGGAAUUACUUAAAUAAGUAAAUAAACUUAAAAAAAAAAAGACGAGAUAAGUGUUGGUGAGAAUGUGGAGAAAAGGGAACCCUCAUGCACUAUUGGUGCAGAUGUAAAUUGGUACAGCCACUAUGGAAAAAAGUAUGGAGGUUUCUCAAAAAAUUAAAAAUGGAACUGCCAUAUGAUCCAGAAAUCCCACUUCUGGAUAUAUAUCUAGAGGAAAUGAAAUAAGGGUUUCAAAGAGAUAUCUUCAUCUCCAGGUUCCUUGCAGCAUUAUUCACAAUAACCAAGAUAUAGAAGCAACCUAAGUGUACAACUGUGGAUAAGUGGAUAAGGAAGGUACGAUAAAUAUACACGAUGGAACAUAUAUCAUGUCCAGUGUGGAGCCUGAUAUGGGGCUCAAUCCCACAACCAUGAGAUCAUGACUUGAGCUGAAAUCAAGCGUCAGACACUUAACUGACUGAGCCAUCCAGGCACUCCCCUAUGUUUAUUUCUAGGAGUUUUAUGGCUUCAGGUGUUGUGGUUAAGUCUUCAGUUAAUUUUGAGUUAAUUUUUGUGAAUAGUGUAAGAUAGAGGUUAAAUUUCAUUCUUUUGCAUCUAAUUAUCCAGUUUUCGUAGCAGUGUUUAUUGAAGAAGACUAUCCUCUCCUCAUUGAAUAUUCUUGGCUCUCUUGUCAAAUUUUAGUUGAAUGUACAUGUGUGGAUUUAUUUCUAGGCUCUUGAUUCAAAUCCAUUGGCCCAUGUGUCAAUUUUUAUGUCAAGUAUCAUUGUUUUGAUUGCUAUAGCUUUGCAGUAUAGUUUGAAAUCAAGAAGUGUGAUGCCUUCAGUUUUGGUUUUCUUUUUCCCCGUUAGGAUUACUUUGGCUCUUGGGUGUCUUUUGUGGUUCCAUACAAAUUUUAGGAUUGCUUUUUCUAUCUGAGGGAAAAACACCAUUAAAAUUUUGAUAGAGAUUGCAUUGCAUCUAUAGGUGGCUUUGGGUAAUGUGGACAUUUAACAAUAUUUAUUCUUCCCAUCCAUGAACAUGGGAUAUCUUUCCAUUUUGUCAUCGUUGAUUUCUUUCAUUAAUGUCAUAGUUUUGAGAUCUUUCACCUCCUUAGUUAAUUUUAUUCCUAAGAAUUUUAUUGGUUUCAAUGCUAUUGUGAAUGGGAUUGUUUUCUUUAUUUAAUUUUCAGAUGAUUUGUCCUUCAUAUGUAGAAACAUAACUAAUUUCUGUUUUUUUAUUUUGUACUCUGCAACUUUACUGGCAAUUUUUCUAACAGUUUUUUGGGUGGUGUUUUAGGAUUUUCUAUUUACAAUAUUAUAUCAUCUGUAAACAGAGGUAAUUUUCCUUCCUUUUCAAUUUGGAUGACUUAUAUAUAUUUUUUCCUUUUCUAAUUGCUCUGCCUAGGAUUUCCAGUGUUGUGUUUAUCUUUUUUUUAAGUUUUAUUUAUUUAUGUUGAGAGGUGGGGGAGAGGCAAAAAGAGAGGGAGAGAGAGAAUCCCAAGCAGGUUCCACACUGUCAGCCUGGAGCCUGAUGUGGGGUUCAGUCCCACGAACCACGAGAUCAAGACCUGAGUUGAAAUCAAGAGUUGGAUGCUUAAGUGAUUGAGCUACCCAGGCACCCCUCCAGUGUUUAUUUAAUAGGAGAGGUGAGAGUGAGCACCCUUAUCUUUUCCCAUUAUUUUUUCUCUUUUAGAGAAAAAGUUUUCCACUUUUCACUGCUGGUUCACUGGUAAGUGUGAGUUUGUGAUAUGUGGCCUUUAUUAUUUUGAGGUCUGUUCCUUCUGUAUCCAAUUUCUUAAGAGUUUUUUUUUAUUAUUAUGAAAGAGUGUUGUAUUUUGUCUAAUGCUUUUUCUGCAUCUGUUGAAAUGAUUACAUGCUUUUUAUCCUUCACUUUGUUAAUGUGGUGUAUCAUAUUUAUUCAUUUGUAUAUGUUGAACCAUUCUUGCAUCCCAGGGAUAAUCUCACUUGGUCAUGAUGUAUGAGGCUUUUAAUGUGCUGCCGAAUUGGUUUGCUAGUAUUUUGUUGAAAAUUUUGCAUCUCUUUUUUAGGGAUAUUUUUCUUUUGGUAAGUGGGGUAUUGGUAAUUUUCUUGUAGUGUGCUUAUCUGGCUUUGGUAUCAGGAUGAUUCUUGCCUUGUAAAAUGAGUUUAGAGUGUUCCCUCUUCAAUUUUAUGAAAGAAUUUUAGGAGGAUUGGCAUUCAUUCUUCUUUAAGUGUUUGGUAGAAUUUACCAGUGAAACCAUCUGGUACUGGAUUUUUCUUUGUUGGGAGGUUUUUGAUUGCAGGUUCAAUCUCUGCUUGUUAUUGGUCUGUUCAGAUUUUCUGUUUCUUCAUGAUUCAGUCUUUGUAGAUGGUAUGUUUCCAAGAGUUAAUCCAUUUCUUCUAGGUUGUCCAAUUAGUGUGAAUAUAGUUGUCUAUAGUUGUUUCUUUGUUUUCUUUCUUUCUUUUUUAAAUUAAGUAAUUUCUAUGCCCAAUGUGGGGCUUGAACUCAUGACCCUGAGGUCAAGAGUUGCAUGCUUUACAGACUGAGCUAACCAGGCAUCCCCAUAGUUGUUUCUUAUGGUCCUUUGUGUUUCUGUGGUCCUAAUGUUUCCUUUAUUAUUUCUGAUUUUAUUUAUUUGAGUCUUCUCUUUUUUUUUCUUACUCUUCCUAACAGUUUUGGUUAUCUUUUCACAAAACAGCUUUUAGUUUUGUUGAUCAUUGCUAUUGUUUUUCUGAUCUCUAUUUCAUUUAUUUCUGCUCUUUUCUUUGUUAUUUCCUUUCUUCUGCCAACAUUGGGCUUAGUUUGUUCUUCUUUUUCUAGUUCCUUGAUUGUAAGGUUAGGUUGUUUAAUAUCUUCCUUUUAUAAUGUAGACAUGUAUUGCUUAAGCUUCCCUCUUAGAACUGCUUUUGCUGCAUCCCAAACCCUAUAGGUUUUGGUAUGUUAUGUUUCCAUUUUCAUUUGUUUCAAGAUAUUUUUUAAUUUCCCUUUAGAUUUCUUCUAAAGAAACACAACCCACUGAUUGUGUGAAGUGUGUUAAUUCUCACAUAUUUGUGAAAUUUCUAGUUUUUCUUUCUUUUGUUAUUGAUUUCUAGCUUCAUAAAAUAGUGACUGGAAAAAGAAACACUUGGUAUGAUUUCAGUCAUCUUAAAUUUGCUGUUUUGUGGCCUACCAUAGGAUCUCUCCUGGAAAUGUUCCACAUGCAUUUGAGAAGAAUAUAUUCUUCUGCUAUUGGGUGGAAUAUUCUGUAUAUGUCUGUUAGGUCCAUUUGGUGUAAACUACAGUUCAAGUAAAAUAUUUCCUUGUUUCUUUUCUGUCUGGAUGAACUAACCACUGUUGAAAGUAGGGUAUUAAAAGUCCUCUACUAUUAUUGUGUUGUGUGUUUCUCCCUUCAGAUCUGUUAGCAUUUGGUUAAUGUAUUUAGGUGCUCUGUUGUUGGGUGCAUAUAUAUGACUGCUUUAUCUUUUUGAUAAAGUGACCUGUGUAUCAUUGUAUAAUAACCUUUUUUGUCUACUGUUAUUGUUUUGGCUUAAAGUCUAUUUUGUCUGAUAUAAGUAUAGCUACUUCUGCUUUCUUUUCGUUUCCAUUUGCAUGGCAUAUUUAUUUUCUCUUUUCACUUUGUGCCUCUGUAUGUCCUUAAAGCUGGAGUCAGUCUGUUUUAGGCAGCAUAUAGCUGUUUUGUUUUUGUAUCCAUCCAGCCACUCUGUGUUUUUUGAUUGGUGAAUUCAAUCCGUUUACAGUUAGAAUAAUUAUUGAUAUGUAAAGGGUUACUAAUGCUAUAUUAUUGGUUGCUUUUUGUUGUUUCAUACUUCCAUUUUUUUUCUUUUUCCCUCUGUUUCUACUUACCUUUGUAAAUUGGUGUUUUUCCAUGUGGUAUGCUCUGUUCCCUUCCUUUUUAAUCUUUUGUGAAUCUACCCUAGAUUUUUGCUUUGCUGUUACCAUGAGGCUUACAUAAGACAUUAUAGCUAUAACACUUUAUUUUAUGCUGAUAACAACUAACUUUAAUUGUAUGCAAAAACUCUAUCCUCUUACUCCUCCCUUUUAUGUUUUGAUGUCACAAUGUAUCUCUUUUUAUACUGUAUAUUCAUUAACAAACUUUGUAGCUAUAGUUAUUUUUAUUACACUCAUUCUUUAACUUUUAUACUAGAGCUACAUGGUCAACACCAUUCAUAUUUACAGUGUUAGAGUAUUCUGAAUUUGACUAUAUACUUACCUUUUUUAGGGUAUUGUAUGUUUUCAUAUGUGUUCAUGUAAAUAAUUAGUGUCCUUUCAUUUCAGCUUAAAGAACUCCUUUCAGCAUUUCUUGUAAGGUGGAUCUCAUGGUGAUGAAUUACUUCAGCUUUUGUUUGUCUAAAAAAAUCUUUCUCUCUCCUUCAUUGCUGAAGGGUAAUUUUGCCAGAUAGAGUAUUCUUGGUUGGCAUUUUUUUUUCUUUCAGCACUUUGAAUAUAUGGUUCCACACAUUCCUGGCUUGUCAGGGUUUGGCUAAGAAAUCUGUUUUGGCAACCUUGGAGGCUUCUCUUCUAAGUUACAAGCUUUUUUUCUCUUACUACUUUUAAGAUUUUCUCUUUGUCUUUGAGUGUUGGCAGUUUUAUUAUAAUGUGUCUUGGAAAGGAUCUCAUUAAGUUGGUUUUGUUUGGUGACCCAUGAGCUUCGUGAACUUGGAUAUCUAAAUCUCUCCCCAGAUCUGGGCUUUUCUCAAUCACUGUUUCUUUAAAUAAGCUUUCUUUCCCCUUCUCCCUCUCUUCUUUUCCUAAAAUUUCAAUAAUUUGCAGAUUGGUACUUUUGAUGAUAUUCCAUAGAUCACACAGGUUUAAUGUUUUUCAUUCUUUUUUCUUUGUUAUCCUCUGAAUAAAUUCAGAGUUCCUGUCUUUUAUCUCACAGAUUUUUUCUUCUGCCUGAUCCAUUCUAUUGUUGAUGACCACUGUUGCACUUUUCAUUUCUUUGUAUUCCUCAGCUCCAAAAUUUUUGAUUGGCUCUUUUUUCAUGAUUUCUGUCUCUAUUAAAUCUCUUGUUUUGUUUAUGUAUUUUUUUCAUGAUUUCAUUGAAUUAUCUUUCUGUGUUUUCCUGUAGUUCACUGAGUUUCCUUAAAACAGCUUUGUUGAAUUCUUUAUCAUGUGAAUUGCAAAUUUCCAUGUCUUUUUUUUGCUAGAAAAUUAUUGUGAUCCUUUGGUGGUAUCACAUUCCUUAAAGUUUUGUAUUGCUGUCUUUGCCUUUGAUGUAGUAGUCAUGUCCCUUAGUCUUUACCAUCUUUGGGAGAAAAAUAUCUUCCCUCAGCCCUGUUGGUGAUUCUGCGGCUCUCAGAGACCUUCUGUGGAUAAACCUGCUCUACACUUCUUUAUCCCUUUUGUGGAGGAAUUCUUAAGCUUGUAUGCCUUCUCUCAAUCCUGCAGUGCACCAAGUUGACAACCUCCCUUUUGUUUUCCCAUAGAUGAUGCUAAAGCUCAAGUUUGUGAUCUCCCCCCUAGCCAACAAAUUUGGGCUGGCUUUCUUCAUGUAGUCCCUAGCCAUCUGCCAAAGUGUGCUCUCACUGCUGCCAUCAGGAGCAUGCAUGGGGAGCCAGCCACAGGGUAGGGGGCAUUGUGUGGCUGAGGCAUGCUGAGAGCUGGGGGCGCCCAUGGGCCAGUUGGGGAAUCCAUGUGCCAGAUGUUUUCAGUGGCCAUGCUGGGCUUCCGGUGGUGGGCUCCUUGAUGGAAUCUGUGGUGGAGUUAGUAGUAUCUGCUUCCCUUUAGCGCCUUCCUAGAGUCUUAUCUGCCACUCUCUCAGCUUGUUUAUGCCCACACCCCCCUGUCCCCUAGCCAUGCAGCUCAUGAUUUAGUACUCUGGAUGGGGUGGGAGAGAAAUGAGCCUCUUUGGCAGCAUCCUACAUAGCUGGGGACGCUGGAUGCUCAUUUACAUGUUCUCAUUUGCCCCUACAGGAGAAAUUAAAGGCUGAGAAGAUCUCCCUUGGUCCUAAGCUGUGCAGCCUUGGGGGAGGGGUGAUGUGGAUAAAGUCAAGUCUUUCCUCUUACCUUAUCCGGUGCACUCAAACUCAUAUUUUUUUGCUUCAACUGUGUGCAGUAACUUCUCUUCUGGAAAUCUGGACUUCCACAAAGGCUCUUGUGUCCAUGGGUGAUUAAUAGUGCUUUCCAUGGGGUUCUAGGACAGUGUCUGAGAGGGGUUAGAGCUGGUUCAUGUCCACUGCAGGUUUCACACCUAGACUGAGGUCUGGAUGCCUGUUCUCUGAUGCAUGGUGGGUGAGACUCUUCCUGAGUUCCUUGACAUAUGGUGCUGGAUCGCAGAGCUCCCACAAAGCCACUUUUGUCCAUUGAUAAAAACCAAAUUAUUGUUUUUUGUUAGGGGACAGAAACAAAGGACAUCUUAUUCUACCAUGUGUUGACGUCACCAGCCUGUAGUUAAACAUUGAAUGUAUUAUCAUAGUUACACUUUUACUUUACUUUCUCUCCUUUCUGUAUAUAGGACUGAUUUGAGUUCCAAGAAAAUGUAUUCAUGUAUUCAGGAUAACUGAGAAAUUACUAUAGUAGAAUGAAGUGAUAUUUAUCCUUUAGACACUGCUUUUAAAAUUCAUGAAAAUUCCAUUUCUUCUAGAUGGUGUGCAAAUAAUUUCCAUCCUUCCAUUUACUGGGAAGGAAUUUAAUGUUGUUCACAUUAUUUUGAGUAUUAGUUAUUUUAAUUUCUUCAUUACUUAAUAUUUUAACUAUUUAAUAGUUUAGAAAGACUUAUCUAGUGCUUAUCUAGUCCUGGGAAGGCAGCUUGAUGACAUGGGAAAAACAGCAGUUUUAUUCAGAUAGACCCAAAUUUGUCACCUACCCUAACCACUGACCAGUGGAGUGUUCCUUGACAGGUUGCUUUUCUUUUCUAUGACUUAGGUUUUUACAUUAUUAACUUGGAAAUAGUAAUACCCACCUUGCAGGAUUGUUGUGAGACUAAAUUAUAAUAUUAGCAAAUUCUUAUCUUGCUAAGUAACAAAUCCACCCUAAUUUUUCUCCUUUUCUGUUUAUGACAAAAAAUGGCUUUAAGAGAGGUUGUUUAGCUUGGUUUUCAAGUCUAGGUUGGGAAUCAUUUCCCUGUGACUCCUUGUAGAUACUGCAUUGUCUUCUGGUAUCUCUUGUGGCUGAUUAAGCCUCUUCUGUAAAUGUGCUUCAUAGGUGAUCUGUCUUUUCUUUCGGUUUGAUUUUGUUCUUUGUCUUUCAAACAGUUUCACCAUGAUGUCUCCAACCAUGUGCACGUGUUUCCCCAGUGUGUCUUCCAUUUCACUAAUUCUCCCUUCAACUUGUUUGUAACAACUCAUUCUUUUUUAUAAGAAGUGCUAUUUACUGUACUGGAUGCAUCAACAGGAAUCCUUCCUGGGAUUAGGAAUAUGCUGUCAAGUAUAUUUGUGCCAGCUAUUCUUGCAACAAAUAAUUGGGGUGCUCUAAACCAGUCCAAGCAAGGAGAAUCUGAAAAACACAUUUUCACCGAAACCAUCAACAGAUACCUUUCAUUUUUAGAUGGUGCUAGAGUAAGUAUUGAGGGCACAGUUAAGUUAAAGAAGGUAGACAAUGUCGAUUUUUCCAAACUGCAUACUUUUGAAGAAGUGACAGCUGCAGCCAGCAAUUCAGAAAUGGUUCGUCAGCUAGAGGAUGUGCUGAUGACAUGGUACAGACAGAUCGAACAGGUACUUAUUGAGAGUGAGCAGAUGAGAAAGGAAGCUGAUGACUCAGGUCCACUUACUGAAUUGGAACACUGGAAACGCAUGUCAGCCAAAUUCAAUUAUAUCAUUGAACAGAUUAAAGGACCAAGUUGUAAGGCUGUCAUAAAUGUGCUUAAUGUUGCACACUCCAAACUGUUAAAGAAUUGGCGUGAUUUGGAUGCAAGAAUAACAGAUACAGCAAAUGAAUCAAAAGAUAAUGUCAGAUAUUUGUACACUUUAGAAAAAGUGUGUCAACCUCUCUAUAACUAUGACCUAGUUUCCAUGGCACAUGGAAUACAAAAUUUGAUUAAUGCCAUCAGAAUGAUUCACGGUGUGUCACGGUAUUAUAAUACCUCAGAGAGAAUGACCUCGUUGUUUAUCAAAGUAACAAAUCAAAUGGUGACAGCAUGUAAAGCAUAUAUUACUGAUGGAGGAACUGUCCACGUAUGGGAUCAGGAAACUCCGCUUGUAUUAAAGAAAAUUCAGGAUUGCAUUUUCCUAUUCAAGGAAUAUCAGACAUCUUUUCAUAAGACAAGGAAACAGAUUUUAGAGUCCUCAGGAGAAAAAUCUUUUGAGAUUUCAGAAAUGUAUAUAUUUGGAAAAUUUGAAGCUUUCUGCAAAAGACUGGAGAAGAUUACAGAAAUGAUAACGAUUGUGCAGACAUAUUCAGCCUUGAGUAAUUCCACCAUAGAGGGAAUAGAUAUUAUGGCAAUAAAAUUCAAAAGUAUAUAUCAAGGCGUUAAGAAAAAACAGUAUGACAUUCUGGAUCCAAGAAGGACAGAAUUUGAUACAGAUUUCUCAGAGUUCAUGACAAAAAUCAAUGGUUUAGAGAUACAAAUACAGGCAUUUAUGAACAGUACUUUUGGAAAAAUCUUGUCUUCUCAGCAGGCCCUUCAGCUUCUUCAAAGAUUCCAGAAGCUGAACAUCCCCUGUCUUCAGUUAGAAAUAAACCAUACCAUCGAGCGUAUUCUUCAGUAUUACGUGGCUGAACUUGAAGCUACAAAGAAGCUUUAUCAUUCUCAAAAAGAUGACCCGCCUCUUGCUCGCAACAUGCCCCCUAUAGCAGGCAAAAUACUUUGGGUGAGGCAGCUUUAUCGCCGGAUAAGUGAGCCCAUCAACUAUUUCUUCAAAAACUCAGAAAUUUUGUCAAGUGCAGAAGGUAAAGCUGUCAUUCGUCAGUAUAACAAAAUUUCCUAUGUUCUGGUGGAAUUCGAGGUGGUCUAUCACACAGCCUGGGUCAGAGAGAUCUCGCAGUUACAGUAUGCUUUACAAGCCACACUUUUUGUGCGACACCCAGAGACAGGGAAGUUGCUGGUUAAUUUUGAUCCCAAAAUUUUGGAAGUUGUUCGGGAAACUAAGUGCAUGAUAAAAAUGAAGCUGGAUGUACCAGAAGAGGCAAAGAGAUUGCUAAAACUGGAGAAUAAAUUGAAAGCAGAUAAAUUGCAUUUGCAGGGUCUUCUGCAGUAUUAUGAUGAGUUAUGUCAGGAAGUGCCUUCAGUGUUUGUCAAUCUGAUGACCCCGAGAAUGAAAAAGGUGGAAUCUGUGUUGAGACAAGGGCUCACAAUAUUAACAUGGUCAUCUUUAACACUAGAGAGCUUCUUUCAAGAAGUUGACUCGGUUUUGGAUAUGUUCAAUCAACUUUUAAAGAAGAUCAGCGACUUGUGUGAAAUGCAUAUUGAUACAGUUCUAAAGGAGAUAGCCAAAACUGUGUUAAUUUCCCUGCCUGAAAGUGGUGCCACCAAAGUAGAAGAUAUGUUGACACUCAAUGAGACAUACACAAAAGAAUGGGCUGAUAUCCUAAACCACAAAAGUAAGCAUGUGGAAGAAGCUGUCAAAGAACUUAUAUUAAUAUUUGAAGCUAUUUAUGAAGUUAAGGACAGUGGGAAAACAGCAAAACCGUUACCAGAACAGAGGAAGCAUGUUGCUUUUGGAAGUGAAACAGAAGAGGGUGAAAACCCUGAUUAUGAGACUAAUAUCCUGCCUCAGGCUGAUUUUAAUGAUAAAGAAGAUGAAUUUAAGAAGGAAUGUAAAGAGGUCUAUGCUUUUUUCUCUCAUCAAUUGCUAGACAGUCUUCAAAAAGCUACACGGUUAUCUUUGGACACAAUGAAAAGAAGAAUAUUUGUUUCAAGCCAAUAUGGACGAAGGCGAUCAGAAGAUGUUAUUUCCUUCAUAAAAACUGAAGUGCAUCUUGCAAUUCCAAAUGUGGUAAUGGUUCCUAGUUUGGAUGACAUUCAACAAGCCAUUAACCGUAUGAUCCAGCUAACCCUGGAAGUCAGCAGAGGAGUGGCUCACUGGGGGCAACAGCCGACCCGUCAAGUUAAACCUGUCGUCACCAGUCCCAGCCGUACUACUGACCUGAUGCAUUUAAACACAACAAAACAGGCAAAGAAGGAAGAGAAGCCUGUGGAAGAAGUAAUUACUGCAAGAAAGCUGAAGAAUUUUUAUCCAGGGGUAGCGGAGCACAAGGAUAUUUCCAAAUUGGUCCUCCUCCUUUCUUCCUCUGUGAAUUCUCUACGGAAGGUGGCUCAUGAGGCCUUGCAGGACUUUCAAAAGUACAAGACGCUCUGGACAGAGGACCGAGACGUGAAAGUGAAGGAGUUUUUGGCUAACAACCCCUCUCUGACUGAAACCAGAUCAGAAAUUCUACACUUUGCUACUUUUGAACAGGAGAUUGAUGAGUUGAAGCCUAUUAUUGUUGUAGGAGCACUUGAACUGCAUACAGGGCCAAUGAAAUUGGCCUUAUCAAUUGAGGCUAAAUCAUGGAAGAUGUUACUCUGUCGAUAUUUGAAUGAAGAAUACAAAAAGAAAAUGUCAGACAUGAUAGCAUUCAUCAAUGAAUACUUGAAAAAGUUAUCUAGACCUAUCCGUGAUUUAGAUGAUGUCAGAUUUGCAAUGGAAGCCUUAGUAUGUAUCCGUGAUAAUGAAAUUCAAAUGGACAUGACUUUGGGACCAAUUGAAGAAGCCUAUGCUAUUUUAAACAGAUUUGAAGUUGAAGUAACCAAAGAAGAAUCAGAAGCAGUUGACACCUUGAGAUAUUCUUUCAACAGAUUGCAGAGCAAAGCUGUUUCUGUGCAAGAUGAACUAGUUCAAGUGCAGCCAAAGUUUAAAAGUAAUCUUCUUGAGGCCGUGGAAGUUUUUCGUGAGGAUGUAAUGAACUUCGCAGAAGCGUAUGAGAUGGAAGGACCCAUGGUUCCAAAUAUACCACCCCAAGAAGCUAGCAACAGGCUACAGAUAUUUCAGGCCAAUUUUGAUGAUCUGUGGAGGAAGUUUGUUACAUAUUCAUCUGGUGAACAACUUUUUGGAUUGCCUGUGACUGAUUAUGAGGUUUUACACAAAACUAGAAAGGAACUCAACUUGCUGCAGAAGCUGUAUGGACUCUAUGAUACCGUAAUGAGCAAUAUUAGUGGUUAUUAUGAAAUACUUUGGGGAGAUGUAGACAUUGAAAAAAUUAAUGCAGAACUGCAGGAAUUUCAAAACAGGUGUCGUAAACUCCCAAAAGGGCUUAAAGAUUGGCAAGCUUUUUUGGAUCUGAAAAAAAGAAUUGAUGAUUUCAGUGAGUCAUGUCCUCUACUGGAAAUGAUGACCAAUAAGGCAAUGAAACAGAGACACUGGGAUCGAAUCUCUGAGUUAACUGGAACCCCAUUUGAUGUGGAAUCUGAUUCGUUUUGUCUUAGAAAUAUUAUGGAAGCACCACUACUUAAAAAUAAGGAUGACAUUGAGGACAUUUGCAUAUCUGCCAUUAAGGAAAAGGAUAUUGAAGCCAAGCUGACUCAGGUGAUUGAAAACUGGACCAACCAGAACCUGAGUUUUGCCGCAUUUAAGGGAAAGGGAGAGCUCCUUCUCAAAGGAACUGAAUCAGGAGAAAUUAUCACCUUGAUGGAGGAUAGUUUAAUGGUCUUAGGUUCCUUACUAAGCAACAGAUAUAAUGCUCCAUUUAAAAAAACCAUCCAGAAUUGGGUGUAUAAAUUGUCCACUUCCUCAGAUAUAAUUGAAGAGUGGCUAGUAGUCCAGAACCUUUGGGUUUAUCUUGAAGCUGUCUUUGUGGGUGGAGAUAUUGCCAAACAGCUACCUCAGGAAGCCAAGCGUUUUCAGAAUAUUGACAAGUCAUGGAUAAAGAUAAUGCAGCGAGCUCAUGAGAACCCCAAUGUGAUCAGUUGCUGUGUUGGAGAUGAAACCAUGGGGCAACUUUUACCUCAUUUGCACGAACAGUUGGAAGUAUGUCAGAAGUCACUCACGGGGUAUUUGGAGAAGAAGAGAUUACUGUUUCCAAGAUUCUUCUUUGUGUCCGAUCCAGUUCUCCUGGAAAUUCUGGGACAAGCCAGUGAUUCCCAUACCAUACAGCCACAUCUCCCUGCAGUAUCCGACAACAUAAAUGAGGUGACGUUUCAUGCGAAAGACUACGAUCGUAUCCUGGCCGUCAUAUCAAGAGAAGGAGAAAAAAUUAUUUUGGAUAAUCCUGUUAUGGCCAAAGGUCCUGUAGAGAUUUGGCUUAUGGAUUUGUUAAAAAUGCAGAUGUCGUCACUGCAUAAUAUAAUCAGGUCUGCAUUCUACCAAAUCAGCGAUUCAGGAUUUCAACUCUUACCUUUUCUCAAUCACUUUCCAGCACAGGUGGGACUUCUGGGAAUUCAGAUGUUGUGGACACAUGAUUCAGAAGAGGCUUUACAUAAUGCAAAAGAUGACAGGAAAAUCAUGCAGGUGACCAAUCAGAAAUUUUUGGAUAUUCUGAAUAUUCUCAUCAGUCAGACAACACAUGACCUAAGCAAGUUUGACAGAGUGAAGUUUGAAACUCUGAUAACCAUCCAUGUGCACCAGAGAGAUAUUUUUGAUGACUUGGUAAAAAUGCAUAUCAAAUCAGUUACUGAUUUUGAAUGGCUAAAACAGAGUAGAUUUUAUUUUAAGGAAGACUUGGAUCAAACUGUAGUGUCUAUUACAGAUGUGGAUUUUAUUUACCAAAAUGAAUUUCUGGGAUGCACUGAUCGUCUUGUUAUCACUCCAUUAACAGAUAGGUGCUAUAUCACUUUAGCCCAGGCUUUGGGAAUGAACAUGGGAGGAGCUCCGGCAGGACCCGCGGGCACUGGCAAAACAGAAACCACGAAAGACAUGGGAAGGUGUUUGGGAAAAUAUGUGGUUGUGUUUAACUGCUCAGAUCAAAUGGAUUUCAGAGGGCUCGGAAGGAUUUUUAAAGGUCUUGCACAAUCAGGUUCUUGGGGCUGUUUUGAUGAGUUUAACAGAAUAGAAUUGCCUGUAUUAUCAGUGGCAGCCCAACAGAUUUAUAUUGUUCUGACAGCAAGAAAAGAGAGAAAAAAACAGUUCAUUUUCUCUGAUGGUGAUUGUGUUGAUUUGAAUCCAGAAUUUGGAAUUUUCCUAACAAUGAACCCUGGGUAUGCUGGGCGCCAGGAACUACCAGAAAACUUAAAAAUUCAGUUUAGAACUGUUGCUAUGAUGGUUCCAGAUAGACAGAUCAUUAUGCGAGUUAAACUUGCAAGCUGUGGUUUUCUUGAAAACAUCGUCUUGGCUCAAAAGUUUUAUGUUCUUUACAAACUCUGCGAAGAGCAACUUACCAAACAGGUUCAUUACGACUUUGGGUUGAGAAAUAUCCUAUCUGUCUUGAGGACACUCGGAUCUCAAAAAAGAGCCAGACCAGAAGACAGUGAACUAAGCACUGUCAUGAGAGGACUGAGAGAUAUGAACCUUUCCAAACUGGUUGAUGAAGACGAACCCCUGUUCCUCAGCUUAAUCAAUGACCUGUUUCCAGGACUGCAGCUGGAUAGUAGUACGUACGCGGAGCUGCAAGCUGCAGUGGCCAACCAGGUUCAGAUAGAAGGUUUGAUUAACCACCCGCCCUGGAAUCUCAAACUUGUGCAGUUAUAUGAGACGUCUCUGGUCCGUCAUGGUUUGAUGACUCUGGGGCCCAGUGGUUCUGGGAAGACGACUGUCAUAACAAUCCUGAUGAAGGCAUUGACUGAGUGCGGAAGACCUCACAGAGAGAUGCGAAUGAAUCCCAAAGCGAUUACCGCGCCUCAGAUGUUUGGCAGACUGGACACCGCUACUAAUGACUGGACAGAUGGGAUUUUUUCUACUCUGUGGAGAAAAACAUUAAAAGCUAAAAAAGGUGAAAACAUUUUCCUCAUUUUAGAUGGCCCCGUGGAUGCCAUUUGGAUCGAGAACCUAAAUUCUGUGUUGGAUGACAAUAAAACUCUCACGUUAGCUAAUGGAGAUCGCAUCCCCAUGGCUCCGAAUUGCAAGCUUUUGUUUGAAGUCCACAAUAUUGAGAAUGCUUCCCCUGCCACAGUUUCCAGGAUGGGCAUGGUCUAUAUCAGCAGCUCUGCGCUCAGCUGGAGGCCGAUAUUGCAGGCGUGGUUGAAGAAGCGCACCGUGCAGGAAGCUUCUGUAUUCCAGACUCUGUAUGAUAAAAUAUUUGAAGAUAUAUAUACAUUCAUGAAACUGAACCUCAAUCCAAAAAUGCAGCUCCUGGAGUGCAACUAUAUCAUGCAGUCUCUCACUCUACUGGAAGGUUUAAUUCCCUCCAAAGAAGAAGGUGGUAUUUCAUGUGUCGAACAUCUUCAUAAAUUAUUUGUGUUUGGCCUAAUGUGGAGUUUAGGAGCCCUUUUGGAAUUGGAAAGCAGAGAAAAGCUUGAGGCCUUUUUACGAAGUCAUGGAAGCAAGUUAGACUUGCCAGAAAUACCUAAAGGCACAAAUCAGACCAUGUAUGAGUUUUAUGUUACUGAUUAUGGUGAUUGGGAACACUGGAAUAAGAAACUACAGCCAUAUUAUUAUCCAACUGACAGUAUUCCAGAAUAUUCAUCAAUUUUGGUUCCAAAUGUUGACAAUAUUAGAACAAAUUUUUUGAUAGACACCAUUGCAAAACAAUAUAAAGCUGUUUUGCUCACGGGAGAGCAGGGGACUGCGAAAACUGUAAUGAUUAAAGCCUAUUUGAAAAGAUACGAUCCUGAAGUACAGUUAUCCAAAAGUCUAAACUUUUCAUCUGCCACAGAACCAGUCAUGUUCCAGAGAACCAUUGAAAGCUAUGUGGAUAAACGAAUGGGAAGCACAUACGGGCCACCAGGAGGCAGAAAAAUGACUGUAUUUAUUGAUGAUAUUAAUAUGCCGGUGAUUAAUGAAUGGGGAGAUCAGGUAACUAAUGAGAUCGUGCGACAAAUGAUGGAAAUGGAAGGAAUGUAUAGCUUAGAUAAGCCUGGAGACUUCACUACUAUUGUUGAUGUGCAGCUCAUAGCAGCAAUGAUCCACCCUGGAGGUGGUCGAAAUGAUAUUCCACAACGUUUAAAAAGACAGUUUACUGUGUUUAAUUGCACAUUGCCUUCAAAUGCUUCAAUAGACAAAAUUUUUGGACUUAUUGGCUGUGGGUACUUUGAUCCUUGCAGAAAGUUCAAACCUGAAAUAUGUGAGAUGAUUGGAAAUUUAGUUUCAGCAGGCAGAGUGCUGUGGCAGUGGACUAAGGUGAAGAUGCUACCAACUCCUUCUAAAUUUCACUACAUUUUCAAUCUUCGAGAUCUUUCCAGAAUUUGGCAAGGAAUGUUAACCAUAAAAUCCGAGGAGUGCGAUUCGAUAUCUGUUCUCCUAUCACUUUUCAAACACGAGUGCAACAGAGUAAUUGCAGACAGAUUUAUAACUUCUGAAGAUGAGCAGUGGUUUAAUAUCCAUCUUGUUCACGCCAUUGAGGAAAAUAUUAGCCCAGAUGUGGCAUCUUAUAUCCUUCCCGAACCAUACUUUGUGGAUUUUCUCCGGGAGAUGCCUGAACCAACUGGUGACGAACCUGAAGACACUGUGUUUGAAGUACCCAAAGUUUAUGAAUUGGUACCAUCCUUUGACUUCCUGUCUGAAAAACUCCAGUUCUACCAGAGACAGUUCAAUGAAAUCAUUAGAGGAACAUCUCUUGAUCUAGUGUUUUUUAAAGAUGCAAUGACUCAUCUUAUUAAGAUCUCACGAAUAAUUCGAACAUCAUGUGGAAAUGCAUUGCUGGUGGGUGUUGGCGGUUCAGGAAAACAAAGUCUUUCUAGACUGGCCUCUUUUAUAGCUGGAUAUCAAAUAUUCCAGAUUACAUUAACCAGGUCUUAUAAUGUGAAUAAUCUGACAGAGGACUUAAAAGGUCUGUACAAAGUUGCUGGUGCUGAAGGAAAAGGUAUCACCUUCAUCUUUACUGACAAUGAAAUAAAAGAUGAGGCAUUUCUAGAAUAUCUUAACAACCUGCUAUCUUCAGGGGAGAUCUCCAGUCUGUUUGCGCGAGAUGAGAUGGAUGAAAUCACCCAAGGUCUGAUAUCGGUAAUGAAAAAGGAGCUGCCUCGCCACCCUCCUACCUUUGAUAAUCUGUAUGAAUACUUCAUUUCAAGAUCAAGGAAGAACUUGCAUGUUGUUCUCUGCUUUUCUCCAGUUGGUGAGAAGUUCCGUGCCCGUUCUUUGAAAUUUCCUGGCUUGAUAUCAGGUUGCACCAUGGACUGGUUUAGUCGCUGGCCAAAGGAGGCUUUGAUUGCUGUGGCCUCCUAUUUCCUUUCGGGCUACGGUAUUGUCUGCUCCAGUGACACUAAAAGACAAGUUGUAGAAACAAUGGGCCUCUUCCAUGACAUGGUUUCCGAGAGCUGUGAAAGUUAUUUCCAAAGAUACCGCCGAAGAGCUCACGUGACUCCCAAGUCUUAUCUCUCCUUUAUAAAUGGUUAUAAAAACAUUUAUGCUGAAAAGGUGAAAUUUAUCAAUGAACAAGCUGAACGUAUGAAUAUCGGUCUUGAUAAGCUUAUGGAGGCAAGUGAAUCUGUUGCUAAGCUCUCUCAGGAUCUUGCGGUAAAGGAGAAGGAGCUGGCAGUGGCUUCCGUAAAAGCAGAUGAAGUGUUAGCAGAAGUCACAGUAAGUGCUCAGGCUUCAGCCAAAGUCAAAAAUGAAGUGCAGGAGGUGAAAGACAAAGCCCAAAAAAUCGUGGAUGAAAUUGAUAGUGAAAAAGUAAAAGCUGAGACCAAGCUGGAGGCAGCUAGACCGGCCCUGGAAGAAGCAGAGGCGGCCUUGAACACUAUCAAACCAAAUGAUAUUGCCACAGUCAGGAAACUUGCAAAGCCCCCGCAUCUUAUUAUGAGAAUCAUGGACUGUGUUCUGCUACUAUUUCAAAAGAAAAUUGACCCUGUCACUAUGGAUCCAGAAAAACCUUGCUGCAAACCAUCCUGGGGAGAGUCAUUAAAAUUAAUGAGUGCAACAGGGUUCCUGUGGAGCCUCCAGCAGUUUCCCAAGGAUACUAUAAAUGAAGAGACUGUUGAGUUGCUGCAGCCAUAUUUUAACAUGGAUGAUUAUUCUUUGGAAAAUGCCAAAAAAGUCUGUGGGAAUGUGGCUGGCCUGCUGUCCUGGACCCUUGCUAUGGCCACAUUUUAUGGUGUCAACAGAGAGGUGUUGCCUCUGAAGGCUAACCUGGCCAAGCAGGAGGGCCGCCUAGCAGUCGCCAAUGCUGAGCUGGGGAAGGCACAGGAACUGCUGGAUGAGAAACAAGCCGAGCUGGAUAAAGUACAAGCAAAAUUUGAUGCAGCGAUGAAUGAGAAAAUGGAUUUGCUAAAUGAUGCAGAUAUGUGCCGGAAAAAGAUGCAGGCAGCUUCCACUCUCAUCGAUGGGCUGAGUGGAGAAAAGGUCCGAUGGACCCAGCAAAGCAAAGAGUUCAAAGCCCAGAUUAACAGACUUGUAGGUGACAUUCUUCUGUGCACUGGAUUCCUUUCCUACCUUGGUCCUUUCAAUCAGAUAUUUAGGAACUAUUUGCUUAAAGAUCAGUGGGAGAUAGAGCUGAGAGCUCGGAAGAUUCCUUUCACCGAAAACCUGAAUCUUAUUUCAAUGUUGGUGGACCCGCCAACCAUUGGGGAGUGGGGGCUGCAGGGAUUACCAGGAGAUGACCUCUCCAUUCAGAAUGGCAUCAUUGUGACAAAGGCCACCAGAUACCCACUCCUCAUUGACCCACAAACUCAAGGCAAAACUUGGAUUAAAUCAAAGGAAAGAGAAAAUGACUUGCAGGUAACAUCUCUGAACCAUAAAUAUUUCCGCACACACUUGGAAGACAGCCUUUCCUUGGGCCGACCCCUUCUCAUUGAGGAUAUUCGUGAGGAGCUGGAUCCAGCCUUGGAUAAUGUAUUAGAAAAGAAUUUCAUUAAAUCAGGCACCACAUUCAAGGUGAAAGUCGGUGAUAAGGAAUGCGAUAUCAUGGAUACAUUUAAACUUUAUAUUACUACAAAGUUACCAAACCCUGCCUUCACCCCUGAGAUCAAUGCUAAAACAUCAGUCAUUGAUUUUACUGUCACCAUGAAAGGCCUUGAAAAUCAGUUACUAAGGAGAGUGAUUUUAACUGAGAAACAGGAAUUAGAGUCUGAGAGGGUUAAACUUUUGGAGGAUGUGACUUUCAACAAGCGGAAGAUGAAGGAACUGGAAGACAACCUUCUCUACAAAUUAAGCACCACAAAAGGUUCCUUGGUAGACGACGAAUCUCUCAUCGGUGUCCUCCGAACCACCAAGCAGACAGCAUCUGAAGUAAGUGAAAAGCUGCACGUGGCCGCAGAAACGGAGAUCAAAAUUAACACGGCUCAGGAGGAGUUCCGGCCUGCAGCCACCCGUGGGAGCAUCCUCUACUUUCUCAUCACAGAGAUGAGCAUGGUCAACAUCAUGUACCAGACCUCGCUGGCCCAGUUCUUGAAGUUAUUUGACCAGUCCAUGGCCAGAUCUGAGAAGUCUCCACUACCUCAAAAGAGGAUUACGAAUAUCAUUGAGUAUCUGACGUAUGAGGUUUUUACAUACUCUGUCAGAGGCCUGUACGAAAACCACAAAUUCCUCUUUGCACUCCUGAUGACCUUGAAGAUCGAUCUUCAGAGAGGAACAGUGAAGCACAGAGAGUUUCAGGCUCUCAUUAAAGGGGGAGCAGCUCUGGAUCUGAAAGCCUGCCCUCCCAAGCCGUUCCGCUGGAUCCUUGAUAUGACCUGGCUGAAUCUUGUGGAGCUGAGCAAACUUCCACAGUUUGCAGAGAUUAUGAACCAGAUAUCUCGUAAUGAGAAGGGAUGGAAAAGCUGGUUUGAUAAAGAUGCUCCAGAGGAGGAAAUUAUCCCUGAUGGAUAUAACGAUUCACUGGAUACCUGCCGCAAACUUUUACUUAUCAGGUCUUGGUGCCCAGACCGUACUGUUUUUCAAGCAAGAAAGUACAUUGCAGAUUCUUUGGAAGACAAGUACACAGAACCAGUUAUCCUAAACCUGGAGAAAACUUGGGAAGAAAGUGAUACCAGGACACCUUUGAUAUGUUUCCUGUCCAUGGGAUCUGAUCCCACAAUUCAAAUUGAUGCAUUGGCCAAGAAACUGAAGCUGGAAUGCAGAACUAUCUCAAUGGGGCAAGGACAAGAGGUACAUGCUCGAAAGCUGAUUCAGGUGUCCAUGCAGCAGGGUGGCUGGGUUUUACUGCAAAAUUGUCACCUUGGCCUAGAAUUCAUGGAAGAAUUGCUAGAGACGUUAAUUACCACGGAAGCCAGUGAUGACUCUUUCCGAGUAUGGAUAACUACUGAGCCCCAUGAUCGAUUCCCAAUUACGUUGCUUCAGACUUCUCUCAAAUUCACUAAUGAGCCGCCCCAAGGCGUACGCGCGGGUUUGAAAAGAACAUUUGCCGGAAUUAAUCAAGACCUUCUGGAUAUCAGUAAUUUACCCAUGUGGAAGCCGAUGCUUUACUCAGUAGCAUUUUUACACUCCACUGUGCAGGAGCGACGCAAAUUUGGUCCCUUAGGAUGGAAUAUUCCCUAUGAAUUCAAUUCUGCUGAUUUUACAGCCAGUGUCCAGUUUAUUCAGAAUCACCUUGAUGAAUGUGAUAUUAAAAAGGGUGUUUCAUGGAGUACGGUUCGGUACAUGAUUGGAGAAGUACAAUAUGGAGGCAGAGUGACAGAUGACUUUGAUAAACGUCUACUUAAUUGCUUUGCUAGAGUCUGGUUCAGUGAGAAGAUGUUUGAACCAUCGUUCCAGUUUUAUACCGGGUAUAAAAUCCCCUUGUGCAAAACCCUGGAUCAGUAUUUUGAGUACAUCCAGUCAUUGCCAUCCCUAGAUAACCCCGAAGUCUUUGGGCUGCACCCUAAUGCCGAUAUCACGUAUCAGAGUAACACUGCUUCUGCUGUUCUUGAAACAAUUACCAACAUUCAACCCAAAGAGAGUGGAGGGGGAGUCGGAGAGACCCGGGAAGCCAUUGUUUAUAGAUUAUCUGAAGAUAUGCUGAGCAAACUGCCUCCUGACUACAUUCCUCAUGAGGUGAAGGCUCGUUUGAUCAAGAUGGGACAUCUUAAUUCAAUGAACAUAUUUCUGAGACAAGAAAUUGACAGAAUGCAAAGAGUCAUCUCAAUACUUCGCAGUAGCUUGAGUGAUCUAAAAUUGGCCAUUGAGGGAACAAUCAUUAUGAGUGAGAAUUUGAGAGACGCCCUGGACAACAUGUAUGAUGCUCGCAUACCUCAGAUCUGGAAAAGAGUGUCCUGGGAUUCAUCCACACUGGGCUUCUGGUUCACUGAACUUCUGGAAAGAAACGCUCAGUUUUCUACUUGGAUAUUUGAGGGGAGGCCCAAUGUAUUUUGGAUGACUGGUUUCUUUAAUCCGCAAGGCUUCCUCACAGCAAUGAGGCAGGAAGUGACCCGCGCCCACAAAGGCUGGGCCCUGGACUCUGUGACCAUCCACAACGAAGUUCUGCGGCAGACCAAGGAGGAGAUCAUAUCACCCCCCGUGGAAGGUGUGUAUAUUUAUGGGCUCUACAUGGAUGGAGCAGCCUGGGACAGACGGAAUGGAAAGCUUACAGAAUCCACUCCCAAGGUGCUCUUCACACAGCUGCCUGUGCUGCAUAUCUUUGCCAUUAAUUCCAUCGCGCCCAAGGACCCCAAGCUGUAUGUGUGUCCUAUUUACAAGAAACCGAGGCGUACUGACUUGACCUUCAUCACCAUGGUGUACCUGCGAACAGUUUUGUCCCCAGAUCACUGGAUCCUGAGAGGAGUGGCUCUUUUGUGUGACAUCAAGUAAAUUCACUUCCACUUAUUGAGGGCACCUGAGCCAUGUACCCAGCCAGUGCUAUUGAGAGGCCUGGCGCUUUGUGUCUUUUCUCCCUGGUAAUUGCUUGAUUACUCUUUUUAAAUUAAAAAGUUGAUACUCUACAAUCACGUGUGUGUGUGUGUGUGUGUGUGUGUGUGUGUUUCCUUAUAUCAAUGUUCGAAAAGACAAUUCUAACGUAAUGCAUUUUAUCCCAGGCAAUCAUAUUCCAUUAUAAUCAUUUUAUGUAGAUAAAGCCCUACCUUCAUGUUAGAGCAUUGGAAGGUUUAAAUUUUUCUAAAAAUCCAAAACAAAGUAUUAAUUUGUUGUAUCCUGAAAGGGGCAUGAUAAAUGCAAACUUUUCUCUCA